AUGACAACAUUAGAGAACACAACAACAGUUAUAGUCCAUGAAGUCAUAAAUGAAGAAUACGAGUACAUACAGUAUAACAAACAGUUACGUCUUAUUCGUUCUGUCAAAGACGACAUGUACCAGGUGCAAAGUAUUUUGACAGCAUGUUUUGCUCCAGAGAAUAAAACACCAAAUGAAUGGUUUGAAUUAAAUAGCACUCAUGAACUCCUCAGUGAGUUUGAACAUGUAGAACUUAAAAAGAUGUACCAAGACAGGCAAAACUUACCAUCACAUCUAAAAGGUAUAUAUGUUCAUAAGUUCCUAGUUAGUUCAAUAGCAAUGUGGGCUUCACCUCGUUAUGCAAUCUACAUACUUAUGCUACUUGACGAACUUUGUACAAAGCAGAGAGAAGAUAUGAUGAAAGAAGACAAAAGCAUACAGAAAAGAAUACCACGUACAGUACCAAAAGGAAAGGAAAAGA